AUGGAGAACGAGAAGGGAGAGAUCGUCGAUCUCUACGUGCCCCGCAAGUGCAGCGCCACCAACCGCAUCAUCAAGGCCAACGACCACGCCUCUGUCCAGCUCUCCGUCGGCAAGGUUGACGAGAACGGCCGUUACACCGGUGACAACCAGACCUACGCUCUUUGCGGCUUCAUCCGUGCCCGCGGCGAGAGCGACGACUCCUUCAACCGCCUUGCUCAGCGUGACGGUUUCCUCAAGAACGUUUGGGCCGCCUCCAGCCAGCGCUAA